AAAGCUUAACAAUUAACAUUUGAGGUGUCCGUAAAGUAAUUAACAUUUGAGGUGUCCGUAAAGUUUUAUUUACAUUUCUAAAAUUCUAAAAUAACUCAUAAAUAUUUGUAUUACAAUACUUUAUUAUCGAAAAAAUGGCAGACGUAAGAGAUAUUAUGGAACUGGAGAGGCCUCCAACUCCAGAAAUAACAAGAGAAACUAUCUUAGGGGCUGAUAAAUCGAAAAAACGAGCCUCCACAGCUCCGAAGGUUCCAAAACGUCCAGAAGGAAUGCACAGAGAAGUUUUUGCUUUAUUAUACAAUGACAACAAAGAUGCGCCUCCUCUAUUCCCAUCAGAUACAAUUGGUAACAACGGAUAUAAACAGACGAAAAUUAAAUUGGGAAUGCGGAAACCAAGAAAAUGGAAAUGGAUGGCAUUCACAAAUCCAGCACGAACCGAUAAUGCCACAUUUCAUCACUGGAGGAGGCCAUCUGAUGAACCAAAAGAAUACCCAUUUGCCAAGUUUAAUAAGAAAGUCGACUUACCAACAUAUACAGAUGUAGAAUAUCAACAACAUCUGGUAUGCGAGGGUUGGACGAAAGAAGAAACAGACCAUCUUAUGGACCUUGCCCAUAGAUUUGAUUUAAGAUUUAUCAUAAUGUCUGACAGAUAUGAUUCUGAAAAAUUUUCUAAACGAUCUGUAGAGGACUUAAAAGAGCGGUACUACAAAAUAUGUGGUAUUCUCGCUAAGUUAAAUGGUGAAAAAAAAAUUUAUACCUACGAUGCAGAUCAUGAACGUAGACGAAAAGAACAGCUAAAAAAAUUGUACGAAAGAAAACCAGAACAGAUCGAGGAGGAACAAUUCCUGCUUGGCGAAUUGAAGAAAAUAGAGGCCCGUAAAAAGGAGAGGGAACGCAAAACUCAAGAUUUACAGAAACUGAUUAGUCAAGCCGAUAAUCAAAAUGAGACUCCAAGGAAAACUGACAAAAAGCUGCCCAAGAAGAAAAUAACGAAUCCUACAAGACCUUCCAGAAUAGACACAAAUCACAUUUUACAGGCUCUAGAGAGCGCAGGAAUCAAAUUUCCAGACUAUAAGAAUAGCGGUGUAUCGUUGAGGUCUCAAAGGAUGAAGCUGCCAGCUAAUGUAGGCCAAAAGAAGUCGAAGGGUGUGGAGCAAAUACUCCAAGAAAUGGGACUAGAACUGAACCCAACACCAACGGAAGACAUCUGCCAGCACUUUAACGAGUUAAGAAGCGACAUGGUACUACUGAUGGAACUUAAGACUGCGCUGGGUACCUGUGAAUACGAAUUGCAGUCUCUGAGACAUCAAUAUGAAGCCCUAAAUCCUGGAAAAACUUUAGUCAUACCACCCCAGCUUUUGUCGAAUAACGAAACUGAUACCAAAGUGGGAACAGGCGAAAUUAUAGACGUUGUUGGGUCUCCAGGAACCCCAUCGAAUACCUAGCUACUAAGGUUACGGAUAUAAGGAAGACGCAGUAUUUCGGUUUUGUAAAUAGAGUGAUGAAUUUAAGGCCACCAUAAGUAGCUCUACUAUUUGUAGCAUUUAUCUUGAGUUGGAUGAAGAAAAUUACAAAUUUUGUCCAUGUUUAUGAAGAGAAACCUUUUUCAUUACAUUUGUUGCUCCCAAGUGGGACGGAAAAGCUUUUUCCGUAAUAACGUAGGCUUGAGAAAAAAUUGUACAUAUAAAUAUUAGCUGUAGUUGGUGUAUUAAAUGAGAAUAAAAUGUAAGAAAUCCACUUUUACUUAAAAAUAAAAUCUGAUAAUAAUUAUUUCA